GAGAAGAUUAAUAAUAGGCAUUUUACAAAACUAUUAAUAAAACAGUUUUAUCUAUUAUUUUUCAUAGUGUUUUGUAUCUGUGUUGGAGCUGCAAUAUUUUUUCUCCUCUGUGGUUCAGCACCAGGGGUGGACUGACAACUCAUGGGGCCCCCGGGCAAUAGGGGAUCAUGGGGCCCCUGUGUCCUCGCCCAAACUCAAACCACACCCAAAAAAGCCUAUGAAAGUUACCAGGGGCAUCUCAUGGGGCCCCCUACUGACCCCGGGCCCUCGGGCAGUGCCCGAGUGCUCGAAUGGUCAGUCCGCCCCUGUUCAGCACUCUUUUAGCCUGA